AGACUGGCUUCUAGGGCCACCAACCCUUUCCUCUUCCAGCCCUUGCUGUGGGGUUUGCAGCUGACUCUGAUUCUCAGUAUCUCUCUGGCAAUGUACCACAGCUCCUCACCCCUGGGAGCCAGCUCCAUAACUUGAUUUUCCCCAGAUGCAUCACAGUCCCCGUUGUCCCCUUGCCAGCUACACAGGCCACCCAAGGUCUAGUUUGGGCAUGAAUGUAGAGGACGGGGGUAUGCCAGGCCUGGGCCGUCCCAGGCAGGCCCGCUGGACCCUGAUGCUACUCCUGUCCACUGCCAUGUACGGGGCCCAUGCCCCAUUGCUGGCGCUGUGCCAUGUAGACGGCCGCAUGCCCUUCCGGCCCUCCUCGGCCGUACUGCUGACUGAACUGACGAAGCUGCUACUGUGCGCCUUCUCUCUCCUGGUGGGCUGGCAAGCAUGGCCCCAGGGGACCCCACCCUGGCGCCAAGCUGCCCCCUUCGCACUAUCAGCCCUGCUCUAUGGUGCCAACAACAACCUGGUGAUCUAUCUUCAACGUUACAUGGACCCCAGCACCUACCAGGUGCUGAGCAAUCUCAAGAUCGGAAGCACAGCCCUGUUCUACUGCCUCUGCCUCCGACACCGCCUCUCCGCACGCCAGGGCUUAGCACUGCUGCUGCUGAUGGCAGCGGGAGCCUGCUAUGCAGCUGGUGGCCUCCGGGACCCUGGGAACACGCUUCCUGGGCCCCCUUCAGCAGCUGCUGCGGGCCCCAUGCCCCUGCAUAUCACUCCACUGGGACUGCUUCUUCUCAUCCUGUACUGCCUCAUCUCAGGCUUGUCUUCCGUGUACACAGAGCUGCUCAUGAAACGACAGCGGCUGCCCCUGGCCCUUCAGAACCUCUUCCUCUACACUUUUGGUGUGCUCCUGAACCUAGGUCUGCAUGCAGGUGGCGGCCCCGGCCCAGGCCUCCUGGAGGGCUUCUCGGGUUGGGCAGCGCUUGUCGUGCUGAGCCAAGCACUCAAUGGACUGCUCAUGUCAGCCGUCAUGAAGCACGGCAGCAGCAUCACGCGCCUCUUCGUUGUGUCCUGCUCACUAGUGGUCAAUGCUGUGCUCUCAGCAGCCCUGCUGCGGCUGCAGCUCACAGCUGCCUUCUUCCUAGCCACACUGCUCAUCGGCCUGGCUGUGCGCCUGUACUAUGGCAGCCGCUAGCCCCUGACCUAACCCCACCCUGGGUCUUGACCUGUAGGUUGGGUGCCACCAUCAGAGCCACCUCCCAAUCCUCCCUCCUUCCCUUUGGCAGCCCUGAAACAAGUGCCUUGUGAGAAAAGCUGGGUCAGUGAGAGCAGCCACGUUAGUCUCUGAGCUGGGUGGAUGAAGAGUUAUCCCUGGGAGACUCGAAGGCUGGGUUUGAUUAAGGAAACUCUUAACCCACCCUUCCCUGAGUUCUUACGGGCUAAGGAAUUAGGAGAGCAUCAGUACACAGGCCUGAGAAAAGAUACCAUUCCUGAUGGGAAUGGAGGAGGCCCCCUGCCUCAUCCUGCAUGAAUGCAGUCGCUUAAAGUGGGGCGUGGGCAGCAGUUGACCUUCCUUGCCUACUGUGGUCACCCCCACCGACCCACUGCCCCCAGGCCUGGUGCUGGCUGCUCCAGCCCAGCCUUGGCACAUGACUCACCCAUAAUGGAUACCCCUCGCCCCCUGCCGACUGUCAUGCAGGAAAGCCCAGUUACCACACAUCAUAACCCCAUUACCCAGGCCACUCUGCCAUGCUCCCCUAGCUCCAGUAGCGCCUGGAGACAAUGCCCCCUGCUCUCUCCACACCCAGCCCUUGUUCUGGAAACCUCAGAGAGGACUGGGGCUUGACUCAUCUCAGGGAAUGUUGCCCCUGGGCCCUGGUUUAAGCCUAUACUCCUGACCUCUCUGUUCACCCCAAGGGCCCUCUCAAAGCCCACUGCCCCCUCUACUGCUCCUAGGAGGUACCAUUCUUCCCACUCUGGGUCCUGCCCUUUCCUAGCAGCGUCCCAGCUCUCAACAGCCUGGGGAAAGCUAUACACAGAGCGACCUGGGACCAGGCACAGGGAAACUUGUACAGCUCAAUCAGUGUCUAACGUGUAAGCAAUAAGGUCUUAAUAAAGUGUUCCGGGGUGUAGUUUCCUACAAUCGGC